CCUCCCUGUCAGUAACACUCUCUCCAUUCGGUGCUGCGUGCGUCCUGCCGCUCUAUCUGACUCCUCGCCAAGACUUUCCUGUUGGAGGCACACUCUCGAGCGCGCGCCACCUUAUUUUAUUUUUCAUUCUCUUGUUUUUUUUUUCAAGUCUUUCCUUUUACAAACGUGGACUAUUUCUCGGAGGUAACAAUGGCCUGAGAGAUGUAGCGCGAUCAGCAGCUCUGAUUAGGGCGACUGAACGCCGGCGCCGUGCGUAAGUUAGGAGCAGGUGGAUGGAGAGGCUGGCGGGAUGCAGCUUUCCAGUAGGUCAGAGCCGCUUCGGGGGCGGCAGGACUUCUCAUUCUCGGGUUCUCGGGACACUUUUGCCACUAUGGACGUGAUAUGAGGAUGGUAUUUUUCUGUGGAAAACUGAGAUGUGAUAAUUGAUGCUCCUCCUACGUGAAAAUUUCGGAGUCAUCCCAAUCCCUAGAGCCCCACACCCUUGGAAGUCAAAGUCUUAUAUUCCCAGGACCCCAGGCUCUUACCUUUAUCCUAGAAUCCGCCACUCGAAGCCUCUUUUAAGUGUAUUUCUGUAACUUUUUGUAGUAAAAGCAGUUCUUUGAAACAUGUCAGUUGAACCCUAGACUCAUUAAUAUUUCCCAUCAUCACUGUACCCUUUUUGGAUUAGACAACCCCUUAAACCUUUAGGAAAUUAGACCCCAUUGCUCUCAGCAGUCAUGGCCUUGGAUCAGUUGCCCUUCCUCCCAACUUCCCCUAACAAUUCCAUCCCUGAGCCCUUCUGGUACGACAUCCAAGGGAAUGACUCCGACCUGGGCUUCAACAUUUCCCAAGACAAGGAGCAUCACCAGGACAAGACCAGCUCAGUGGUCAUUACCUUCAUCUACUUCAUGGUAUGCGCUGUGGGAUUGUGUGGUAACACCCUGGUCAUCUAUGUUAUUCUACGUUACGCCAAAAUGAAGACGGUGACCAACAUUUACAUCCUCAACCUGGCAGUGGCAGAUGUUCUGUGCAUGAUGAGCCUGCCAUUCAUCGCCCUGCAGCUGGCGCUGGUGCACUGGCCCUUCGGAGAAGCUCUGUGCCGAAUGAUCAUGAGCGUAGACUCUCUCAAUCAGUUCACCAGCAUCUUCUGUCUCAUGGUAAUGAGCAUCGAUCGAUACCUGGCUGUGGUUCACCCUAUUAAGUCUACAAAAUGGCGGAAACCCCGUGUAGCAAAGCUAAUUAACCUCACAGUAUGGGGUGUGUCGUUGUUAGUCAUCCUGCCAACUCUGAUCUUCAGUGGCCUGAACAAGGUUCCAGUGUGUGGCAUUGUGUGGCCGGAGCCUCAGGAUGUCUACUACACGGCCUUCAUAUUCUACACCUUCUUCAUUGGGUUCUUCCUGCCGCUGGCAGUUAUAUGUAUGUGCUACCUGCUCAUUAUAGUCAAGGUGAAGUCAUCCGGUUUGCGUGUGGGCUCCACAAAGCGUAAGCGUUCAGAGCGCAAGGUGACCCGGAUGGUGUCCAUCGUGGUGGCGGUGUUCGUCCUCUGCUGGCUGCCUUUCUACAUUUUCAAUGUCACCUCUGUCACCGGCUCCAUCAAGCCCACCUCUGCUGUGAAGAGCACGUUCGACUUCGUGGUGGUGCUCGGCUACGCUAACAGCUGCGCCAACCCCAUCUUGUACGCCUUCCUGUCAGACAACUUCAAGAAGAGCUUUCAGAAUGUUCUGUGCUUGAAAAAGGUGGCAGGCCUGGAUGAGGUAGAGCGCAGCGACAGCAGGGCAGACAGGAGCAAGAUGAUUAACGAAGCUGCGAUUAUUAAUGCCAACCUGUACACUCACAGUCCUACCCUGCUCAAUGGCGAACUGCAAACCAGCAUUUAAAGGAGUGCCAGUAACAGACUGACAGGCUGCCAGUGUACUGUGGUAACCCCAAGUUAAAACACAUAUGAGAAAACGGAUGAUGUAAGAACUGCUCCUGGACACUGACGCAUGAGCAAAGUCGAAUUCAAAAAUAAACAAUUUCUUAAUCUUUUUAAAGGUCAGGGGAAGUGCACUGACUCGAGCUCAAAACUCUUGUUAAUUGGGUUAAUGAAGCAACUUGAGCUUAUUAACCCUAAGGCGGAGCAAGAAUAUGUAUUUUACUCAAGUGCUUUUCAGAGAUAAGUGACAUAAAACAUUUAUAAGAACGCUGUUUGUGCUUGCCAGCUUCAAGCUUUUAUGGAGUUGCCCGAAAUGAUCUUGAGGAGGCAGGAUGUGAAAGUGGAGCGUGGUGGAAAGGACGAAGAAAUAUUUUGGAUAGUACUCCAAUGGCAGAGAGAAGUCUGAGGGGACCGAGUACCGUCCUUGCUCUAGUUGACUGAUUUUUUUCUCUUUUUUAAAAUGUGUAUGUGUGUGUAUUAGCUAAAAACUUUAGGCACCAAUUUCUCCGGAUGUGGAAGUACCAUGGAGAGAAGUAGGCAAAACAUUUGAGUGAAAAACAGCCAGCUCUGUAAUUCCCCAGAGCCUCAAAGAUAAGAAUCUGAGUCUACAACCUGAAGGUUCAUGCUCAUAUUUUAUUCAUAUCAGGUGAUUAGUCUGGUCUUACAUGAUCAGCGGGGCAACGAAACGGCAAAGCCGACAAACAAAGGAUGUUAUUUUCUCUCCAUUCAAGCUGGUAUCAAGAUGGGAGAAGCUACAGAUCUGCAAACCUCUGAAUAUUACAUCCUGGAUUAUUGAUUUAGUGAAAGAAUGGGAAACUGUGUCUGUCUCUAACCUUGUUCCCUUACAACAGUUUGACUUUGUGCAUAGGAAAAAGGUUUUCUCUCAACCUCUUGGGAAACUUUCUACAUGUGGAUGAGUGUUGAAAUCAAAAACAAUUUUAAAGGAAAAACCUGCUGUUACGUUGUGUAUUGCUGAGUUUGUAAAGUCCCAUCAAAAGUAUUUUUACCAUAUCCUGAUCUUUACAUUACUUUGUGCUGUUGUAAAGAACCCCCAUAAGUGUAAAGUGCUGUGUUUUGGCAAUGUACGAGUUCCCAAUUUAAUGUCGUAACGCUCUGCUCAGAUUCACAUUUGGUUCAGCCAGCGUGUGCCUGCAAAGAUGCCGAAAUUUCACAGAAGGCGGACAAAUGUGUCAUGUAACCGAACAGGGAAGGAGAGAGAGAGAGAGAGAGGAAGAGAUGGAUAAGGAGACGCAGAGACAUAAAAAAAAAGAACUAAAGCUUGUGGAUGCAGUGUAUGCACUGAGAACACAACACACAUCAGGACAAUGCUUUGAAGACUGAAGCGUGCUGCGUUAGCAUGACUGACAGGAAGAGAUCAAGGUGGCUGUGUGCAGAGGUGAGUGAUACAGAGGGACUCUAAAAAGACAACUUAAAAAAUAAUGCAUUAUGUGUUGAAAUCAAUGUCAAAGACACAGAGUUUCCAGAGCCUGGAUGUAUUUCUUCAUAAAUAAAUGUAAGGAUAGCUCAAACAUACAAUUUAUACAGUCUAUUACAUAAAAAAAAAAGUCAUUUGUCAUGGACUUGUUUGCUAAAUGUUAAUAAGAAACACGACCACGAGAGGCAGCAUAGUCUAGUAAAAGUUGAUGCAUUUGCACUUCCGUAAAGUCCUUUUUUAAGGAAUAUUAAAUGGAGUGCUUUUGUUGAUUUCCUGUUGCAGUGAUGGGUGUCCAUAUUAAACAUGUAGUUUGAAAUAAUGAGGCUUGUGUAUGUACAAGUAACAUCUAAGAUCCAAACGUUUGGUCUUCAUGAUCUGUUUUUUCUAUGCUCGGCUCUGUAGGAUGUCAGUGAGACAGAAUAUUCCUAAAAUUAUCAUCUCAGGCUUAUAGCUCUUGCUGUGAGCACGAAGCUCCGCCUUUUCAGACCUUCUGCUUGCGAGGGGCAGCCAAUCAGAAGAAAACUGGCAAUAGAGCUUGUUUCAGACAGAGGGUGAAAUGAGGUGCUGCACAAAGGCUCAGUAUGACAUAAUUUUGAACUUUGACUGCGCAAAGCUAAACCCCAAGAAUAAUUCAUGUCAUGGAGCUGGAAAUUAGCAUAAUAGCCCCUCUUUUAAAAAUCAAGGACACUGCUGCUGGGAACAUGUCACACAUUUCUGGCCACAUUCAAGUUUUAUGUCCAAAUCAACAAACAGUUCUGCCAAGUUUAGUUAGGCUGUCACAUAUAAAAAUAUCAGGUCAAAACAAAGUUAAAACCAACAUGUAGUUGGUCUUCACAGUCACCAGUAUUGUUGGGGGACUCUAGAGUUUAUUGUUGCGGUAUAUGGCAAACAGCAUUAUAAUCAACAUAUUUUGAAUAGUAUUUCACUAUCUCUCAAUUGCAUUUAAUGCAUUGAAUUAAGAGUGGAAAUAAUAAGUAGACAGCUAUAGCUUAAAUUUGCGAGCAAGUCUAUUAUAACCGGACAUUUAUAUAUAUUUAGUUCUAUAUUUUGAGACUCUGGGUUGCUUGCGGGGUGGUUCAAGCCUCGGCAGUGUUGGCAUGUCAGUUUACUAUUUUGCUAAAUUGAUCAGACCUCUUUGAUGACUUAAAGCUGUUUUGGCGAUCCCUUAAGAUUACAUCAAUUGCCAUCGUCAGGUCUGUCAUUUACGCUAUUUGAUAAUGUGGUUUAAAAUCAAAUUACCUACAAAACUAAUGGCACUUUUACCAUGUUCAGAUGGAAAGAAGUCAUUGGUUCAGCAGGUUUAAACGCCUGUAUACACAUUUAAAUAGAUAGUCUGUGUUCCAGAACAUAGAGAGCUGAAUAGAGAGCAUGGUAUAAGGGAAACAUGAAUGUGACUUUUCUGUCCAGAAUAAGGCCCAAAAUAAAACAGUGAGUUUUGAAAAGUGCCAAUUCCAUUCAUAGUCUCCAUCAGGAUUUUGACCAUGAGCUACAUAAUACUGAAUCAGUCAAAAGUAGAUGUCCAAAAUUUAAACAACAAUGCCUCUGAUUGGUUAAAGUUGGUGUUGUAAUGGAAAUGUUCAAACCCACGAACACUUAAUGAGGAUGAAAUAUAAGAAACCCUAACCCCAAACAUACACAACGCAAAUUACAAAAUUUAUUCAAAAAGACUACAGUAAUGUCAAGGAUUAAAUUCAGGAAGUUUGGAAGAUAUUCGCUGAGGAAUGUAGUAGUUCCUUCACCACUAAAAGUAAUUAUAUAAACAGAUUUUCAUGUUACAGUUCACCUGGUAGCUGCUCAGCUUGGGUCAAGGCUUAAAACAUUUUAUAUGAAGGUUUUCUGGAGAAAUUCCCUUCUGGAACUAAAGCCCUUGGAAAAGUAGACACUCAUUGAUGCUGACAUCCUGACAAUUAUAUUAUACAGAUAUUUAGCGAGUGUGUUAACAUUUUAACAUUGUGUUUAGCAUGUUAGCAUGCUAGCUUUCCUUGGAGUUUGCAACUCAGUCAGAAACAUUAGCAAGAUGUUAACAAAGCGUAAAAAGGGUAAAAAUGUUCACUAAAUUUCUGCAUAAUAAACUGCUAUCAUUGUGAGGAUGUUAGCAUGCUAAAGUCAGCACUUAGAUUGGAGCCAUGGACCCACAAGGGCUACAGGAUAUGUUUAGCCUCUUUGAUUUGGAAGUCUUCUUAUAUAUUAGAUAGUGUUCAUAUUGCCCAUUAUUACAAAUUUGAACUUACUUACAGCUAUUGGCUAGCAAACACACAACCAAUAUAAAUAUCAUUUAUACAGUUUGAACAAAAUGGGCUUCAGCAAAAAGACCUUCACAAUAGCCUGAAUUUAGAAACCCUUACCACGUCCACAGUAGCCAUCCUGUUCUGUUCUACCUAUAAUGUUUUUACUCAUAUCCACUUCCACAAGACACCUUCACAACACCUGGUUCCCAGACUAUUUGUCAAAGCCUCUGCAGCAGCAACAAGAUUGCUGGGUACACGCUCCACUGUCAGAUUGAGUUGGUUCCAGUAUAUCAGUCAGGCCGGAAGCCCGCAGUCAAUGCAAUCAAAAGAGAUGAGGUAGAAGAGGCUACUCCUAAUAAUAUUAAUGUGAGGCUCUGCACACACAGAGAGGCAAGUCCCAGUUUGUAGCAGGCAACACACCCAGUAAUUUGUCGUGACAUUCUGUCUGUGUUGUCACUGCUGCAGGUAGUAUUUCCAGCAGGGUCAGUCGCACCUUCAAUAACAGGUCAGAACAGGAUUACAGAGAUACCCUAUGAAUCAUGUUUAUGGAAGUUCAUAGGCAUGCUGUGAUUUAAUGUGCUUUAGCCCUGUUUCAUACUCUGUCACACAGACAUCCUUGGUACCAUAUUUGAGAAAUACAUGAAAUGACGAUGGUGACCGGACUGUGUAUGUAACAGCAAUCAAAGAGUGAACAGAAAACAGGAACGUUAAUGAAACAUCCAGUAUAUUUUAGUAUGUUUUCCUUUUUCUGCUUUACUAAAUAACAUGUACACUGCGGUGAAAAAACUCAUUUCAGAGCCUCACCCACUGCAGUUAAGGUAUUUAGCGUCUGCAAGCCUGCAGUGUGAGAACUGCUCUCCCAUCAUUCAGAGUUAAUUACUUGAACUCUCUGUGUUUUUCUAUCUGUUUCUUUCUCAGUCUUUCAGUCACAUUCACGGCUGGUGGAGUGAAAUGUGAGCUGACGCACUUUUUACACCCACCUAAAGUGAACGGCGAAAUAUACUGAAACAUACUGAAGAAAACACACAAAACACCGUUUCCACCGGCUACUCGGACACGCUAAAUGUACUUACGGCACCAUCGUGGUGUUUAAUAGAUGUUGAUGAAGAUAGUUUGUGCCAAAGCCAGUGUAAAUGUAGCGCUCAAAGGAGAGCUGGAGGAAUGAGACGCUGUUUGUAGUAGCUGCUUUCUUUGUCAUUUUGUGAAGUCAAGACCUGGAAUUAGGUCAUUUUAUUCGCGAAAAAAUGUAAAAAUGAUUAAAUAAAUUAGCAGGUAUCUUGGCUAGUUACUUGCUGGGUACAAUUCAGCACCUAAUGUGAAAAGGGCAAUCGUCUGCCUUUCAAGGCCGGUGCCCAUCACUGUAUAGUGUACAGACGAGAGGCAGAAGCAGAGGCACGGGAGACCUCUGGCUUCUUGUAUGCCGUUUCUUUCCUUGGAAACAUUCGUUAAUUUGCGAAGGGCUAAUAGUGCAUUCCUCAGGAUGCACCUUUCAUUAUAAACAUUAAGUAUAUCUAUGGUAUCUUCUGUUUGUUCCUGCAUGGGGAUGGUGGCUUAAUAUUCCACUUUUUGCAUCACAGUACCAACCAAAACCAGUGUUACACACUUUACUAGGUGAUGCUUUUUUUCGUUUUUGGUAAUACACAGAAAGAAAAUGCAUAAACAUGCACCCUAGUCUCAUAAUAGGCCAUCAUUUUCUGUCAUUUUAGGUUAAAAUCAGGAGAGUCUGGAUGAAUAUCACACUAUAAUCCUGACUACAUGAACUGGUAAUAAACUGCUUGAUACCGGCCAUGUGCAGACGUGAUUAUGUACAUUUCUGUGCUGUUACUUUUAUCGAUGUGCCUUGAACCCAAUCAUGUAAAGACAUCAGUGUACAAGAAAACUUCAUUCUCACCCGUUACUCCCCAGACACCAACCAACCAAAGGCCUUUGUACUCUAGAUGUUGGUAACUAAAACAUAACAGAGAUGUGGUGUGUAUUACUUUUACUGCUAUCUCCCCAGCGUACAAAGCUUCUGUUUGUGUGCUUUAAUGUCAAAAGCUGAUGUUUAUUUGUGACUCUGUUGUUGCAUACUGUAGAAUAUAACGUGAUCAAUGAUUGUAAUGGACAGGUCAGUGUCCUUGUCUCUGCAAUUAAAAUGCGGGCCAUGGUUAAA